AGGCGACGCGUCGCUGUCUGCCGCUGCAGGAGAUCAGAUGGGAAGAAUAUUUUCCAAAAAUGGUCCCCAAACUUCAGGGCCUGGAUAAGCUGGCAGCACACACCGCCGUCAGCUCGGACAGAGACGCUACUUCAGCCGGCUGCCGUGUCGAAUAAAACGAUGCAGUCCCUGUCCAUGGAAGUGGGCAGCAGCAGCAGCAGCUCAGCUCCCAGCGACACGUCUGGCCCGGUGGUGCAGGUGUGCUUCCCCGGCGCUCAGGCCUCGGUGCUGGACAGCCUGAACCGGCAGAGAGAAGACGGCAGGCUGUGUGACCUCUCCAUCCACGUCCAGGGACAAGUGUUCAAAGCCCACCGCUGCGUCCUGGCCGCCUCCUCGCCCUACUUCCACGACCAGGUGCUACUGAAGAACAUGUCGACCGUCUCCAUCCCGGCAGUGAUGGACCCGCUGGCGUUUGAGAGCGUGCUGAGCUGCGCCUACACCGGUCAGCUCCGGAUGCUGCGCGAUGACAUCGUCAACUACCUCACGGUGGGCAGCGUCCUGCAGAUGUGGCACAUCGUGGACAAGUGCACUGAGCUGCUGAAGGAGGGCCGGGCUGCAGCGGGAGGGGGGAGCGGCGGAGGAGGAGGAGGCGGCGGCAUGCAGGACGGAGCAACUGUCAGAGGAGGAGGCGGAGGCUCAGCCAACCUCGGAUGCAGCAGCAGCAAUGGCGACGGUGUUGCAGGCGGAGGUAAUGGGGCUGGCAGGGAUGGCGGUGGCGGUCAAGCCCAGGUCGAAGGGUCCAACGAGCCCCAGCGCGCCUCCCAACCUCCCAGCCGCCCGUCAGUGAGUGAGAGCCAGUCUCCCAGCAGCACCAACUACUUCAGCCCCAGAGACGGGAGCAGCUUCGGAGGAAGCGGUGCAGCCGCAGCCGGGGCGUCAGCGGAUGGAGGCGGGGCCAGCAACACCCCCAGCUACUGCACCCCGUCGGGAAGAGAGGAAGCCUUCCUCAUUGAGGAGGAGGAGGAGGAGGAGGAGGAAGUGGAGGAGGAAGAGGAGGAGGUGUUGUACCACCAAAGGAAGAGAGGAGGAGGAGGAGGAGGAGGAGGAGGAGGCAGCGGAAGGAGGAAGAAGAUGAGCUCAGCGUCAGAGCAGGAGGUCGGGGUUAGCGACAGCUUUGGCGUGUCCUCUUAUCAGGACGGGGAGGACUCGGCGAUGCCGCUGCAGAAGCGUCCCACCUACAGCCAGCCCAGCAUCAUGCCCCGUAAACAGUGGGUGGUGGUGAAAAGCGAACGCAUGGAGGACGACGACCUCAUCGUAGUGUCCGGGGAGGAGGGAGGAGAGGACGAGGAGGACGAGGACGAGAGGGAGAUGGAGCUGGCCAGAGAGAGGGAGAGAAGCAACUUCAACAUCUCCAACGUUCGGAGCCUCUCGGCCGAUCUGGGAGGCAGAGCAGAGAGCGACAUGGACUCACAGGUGGACUACUGCCAGUCGUCAGAAGACUACCUCAAGUUUGAAGGCAGUCUAAUGGACCAGACUUUAGCUCACCUUCAUGACAGUGCAGCGGGUCAGAGCCAGAGCGCUAGCCGCGCCGUGUCAGCGCUGCUGGGCCAGGUUCAGUCUGCCGCCUCGGCCCGGGCCCAGCUCUUCCCCCUGGACAUGCAGGGGAACCAGAUCCUCCUCUACAGCCAGGCCUCCGGACUCUCCCUGGACGCCACCGCGCCUCCCCUGGGGAUGGCCGGUGGUAUGAUGGGAGGAGCCUCUUUCAAAGGUCCCGGUCUGGAGCACGGCGCGGUCCACCCGUCUGCGCAGGGCGGUCUGGGAGUCGAUGGCAUGGACGGUGGGGGGAUUGGAGGCGGCAUCGGCGCCGGGGGUUCAGGGAAAGUGUUCAUGUGCCACUGUGGUAAGACCUUCACGCACAAGAGCAUGAGGGACCGCCACAUAAACAUGCACCUGGACCUGAGGCCCUUCCACUGCCCCGUCUGUGCCAAGAAGUUCAAGAUGAAGCAUCACCUCACGGAGCACAUGAAGACGCACACGGGCCUCAAGCCGUACGACUGCCUCGGCUGCGGCAAGAAGUUCAUGUGGCGCGACAGCUUCAUGCGGCACCGCUCGCACUGCGAGAGGCGCAGCGGGCUGGGGGAGGGAGGCGAUGGCGGGGAGGGAGGGAGAAGAGGAGGAGGAGGAGGAGGAGGAGGUGAGGAUGGGAUAGAUUUGAUUGCCUCCCCUCACCUCCUCCUGUCUGGAGGCGAGGGAGGACAGGGCGGUAUUCUGGGAGGAGGAGGGAGAGGAGGAGGAAUGAUUGCUGCUCCUCCACAUAUUUCCGGCAUCUCAGCCACAGGAAGUAGCAACAACAAUAUGGCCGCCACAGGGGCCCUGUUAGGGGUGGUCUCCCAGAGUCCCGGUCAGGGACCAGGGUUGUUCGCCGGUCUGGGGUUGGGUCGAAGCGUGUGCGAUGACGACGUGUGUGAAGUCAGUGCCGAUGACGGUAGCGUGACUUAAAGCCGUAGUGUGAGCUCUGUCCAACGGGCGUUCUGUCUGAGCAAACUGUCCCGUCUCUCGUUCCUGCUGCUGUUUUUACAACAUAGUGAACGUUUACCUCUGAAUCACUUUGAACCGCCAACACUCAGCAUUUCAAACAGGAAGUGCGUCCCUUGUCUGUUAAGUUAUCCGCAAUUCUUUUGGAAACUUACCUCCAAAAAGUGGCCUCAUUAAAAAAAAAAAAAGGACCUUUCGUCUCAGUGAGUAAGCUAUCGUUUCUGAUAUCCCAGAUGUUAGUAAAGUAUAUUUUUUGGGGGGGUGUUUGUGGAAGAAUGCUUUGCGUGUCGAGAGGAAGCCAGAAAUGAAGACGCAGUGCUUCACUAACUGUUACUAACAAAGUUCCCACAGAGAGUAGAGAUCAGUAGAGGAAAAUAAAGGCUGUUCUAAUUUGCUGUGAUUCUGCAGUAUUGUAUUGUAAUGUGUCAUAUGAUGAGAAAAAACACAAAUCUGCAAGAGAAAAACUUUAUAUUCAGAACUCAACUGAGAAAAGAGGAAGUUAAAGUUGCAGGUUUGUGUUUUUUUGGUCUUUUCCUCAGCGUCCCAUGUGACACACUGACUGUCAGCAUCAUCACAGUGAGAUGAUGCUGCUUUGCUGGAAGCCCAAACUGGACCACAGUGAAGGCACAAUCAUCUUUUAGCUGCUUAUUUACCAACCUGUAGAGCCGGUGCGCUCAUUCAGAACACUUCUUCAGAACUCACAGAGGUACUGCACACCUAAACGCGUUGUUUUUUUUUAGCUGUAAACUAACCAAUAUGACUGUACUUUGAUGAAACACACAUGAAAUCAUCGACCUCAUGUCCAAUGUGCUCCACCCCCACACAAACACAAACACUACCUGUCAUGAUGAGCUCAGCGCCGCUCAUCUUCUCUGCCGUAGAGAAGCCUCCUGGUGCUUUUCCAGUUCUGCUGCUGUUACCUGCUUUCACUUUUUCUUGUUGUUCACAGAGUUUUCGUGCUUUGAGAAGUAUAUUAUCGCUGUAAAUAUAUAGAAAUAUAUGUCGUUUUCACUCAUCACAGCCUGGAACAAACACUGACUUUGUGACACGGAUGCGUUCGCUGCCGUCCGGUCUGCUUUAAUCAGAUGUGGAGGCGUUAAGUGUUCUACACCGAGCUCCUCAUGAAUCAUCUGAACCUCCAGUCAGUGCAUUUCAAUGAGGAGCAUUAGAAGCUAGCAAUGGUAGACGCUGGUCUCCUCUGAGCUCUACAGUGUAUAGAGUGUUUACGAGCGUCCAAUCUUUGUCUCUAUUCUUUCUACACGAGAGCAAAUCUGACUUGUCAAAUGUCCUGGAUAUUGUAAAACUACUAAUUGAUUAGUUGAUAGACAAAAAAUGAAUCCGUGACAGUUUUGAAUGAAACACCGUUCUGUUUACUCUGAAGCUCACCGAGUUUCUCCUUCACAGUUCUCCACCGUGCACGAUGUUCUCCUCUGGGCCCUGCUGUGGUUACAAUACACCAGUAAUACACCAGUAAAUACACCAGUAAAUACACCAGUAAAUACUCCAGUAAAUACACCAGUAAAUACUC